AUGUCUUUAUUUUUAACUGUUAAACCAGCUCCUUCUCUUCCCUUGCACAGUAAAAUCACGGUUUUGCUAUUGGCUAAUUGUUUUGUGUUUUCCCCGUUUUGCCCCCUCAUUCCUUCGGAUCUAACUAUGCAGCUGUUUCUUCUUGAGAGGCAUCUGGUUCAAUUUCAACUGGCUGGUUCGACAGCUUCAGGGGUAAAGAUGGAAGAGCUGGGUUGGUUCUUCGAUGUCUACAUCUGGAGGCUUCGACUUUUUUACAGAGCCAUUUGCCCAUACCAUCAGUUUUGGUUUCCAUUGUUCACCGACUUCCUUGACUUCUUCUUUUUUCGAUUCGAAGAUCAAUCUCCAUCUAAACUCAUCUCCGUCUACUACUCGCCUAGUCUUAGCCUGUAA